UACACACAGAGCAGUACUUAUCAUUCUUUACUUUAGCUUGUUGUGGUGGUCUAUUUCGAAUCUAGGUCACAUCAGCCGAGAAACCUUUUUCUGUGUACCGUGCGCUGGCAAGAUGAAGCGGACCUUACAGAUGCUGGUUAUGUUGGUUUCGUUAUGGGCAUGUGCCGUGUGUGGAAGCGGAGUCCACAUAGUAGCGCCAAUCAAUGAGCAUGGACCACAAUCGCACCUUCAGCUCCAGAAAAGGAAAGUUCGGGAUACCGAGUCUAUGGCAACAGAGAUAACUAGUCUAAAUGUAAUGUCAUACAUUGCGUCGCGAUUUGCAAACACCAUGGUUAACAGUAAAAUCGUCAACAAAGAAAUGACAGCGAGGGAAAUUGAGUUCAACGUUCAGUUGCCGGAUUCCGCAUUCAUUGCUAACUUUUCAAUGGAACUAAACGGCACUACUUAUGUGGGAGAGGUGAAAGAAAAACAGAAAGCAGCGGAAGCGUACAAAAAGGCGAAGAAACGUGGUCAUAGUGCCGGUCAAGUUAGUGUCAAGCCACGGUCUACUAACACAUUCAAGGUUUCUGUCAAUGUCGCUGCGGGCUCUAGACUUAGCUUCACUUUGACAUACCAAGAAAUGUUGCAAAGACGUCUGGGAGUAUAUGAACAUAGAAUUAGCAUCCGGCCGGGACAGAUCGUGAAUAGAUUAAAGAUCGAUGUCUACAUAACCGAACCCCAGGGCCUGGAGUUCAUUUAUGCGCCGCCCAUUGUGACCAACGUUUUGGAUUCCUGGAACAUCGAUCAAAGUGCUGACUCCCCCGCCACCAUCGACCGGUUGUCGGACACGAGAGCGCAUGUUUAUUACUAUCCAACUAGGGACGAACAGAAGAACCAAUCAUCUGAGGGUAUCAGCGGAGACUUUGUCAUUCGCUAUGACGUAUCACAUGACCUAAGUGCGGGACAAAUACAGGUUCUUAAUGGCUAUUUUGUCCAUUACUUCGCACCGACUGGCCUGCCACCCGUCCAAAAGAACGUGUUAUUCGUUAUCGACGUGAGUGGAUCCAUGGAUGGUGCAAAAAUGGGACAAACCAAAGAAGCUCUCCGGGUUAUAUUGGAUGACAUGCGCAGUUUUGACCGAUUUAAUAUUUUGACAUUUUCGUAUGAGGUGUCGUUUUGGAAAGAGAACAUGAUGAUCCUCGCAACUCAAGAAAACAUUCUCGAAGCUAAAAAUUUCGUAAACAACCUGCGGGCUAGUGGAGGUACCAACUUUAAUGGCGGAUUGGUAGAAGGUGUUGAAAUGCUUCGACGCGUCACCGACGAUGCAGAAAACACGGAAAGAUCGGCGUUUCUGGUCAUCAUGUUGACAGAUGGACAACCGACGUCUGGGGAAACUCAACUGACUAAGAUCCAAGAAAACGCUAAAACCUACAUUGACGGACAGUACUCCCUUUUCUGCCUUGGUUUUGGAGGUGACGUUAAUUUUAAGUUCUUGCAGAAAAUAUCGUUAGAGAAUCAAGGCAUUGCUAGGCGGAUAUACGAAGAUGCCGAUGGCUAUCUACAGCUGAAGGGUUUCUACGACGAGGUAGCUACGCCGCUGCUAUUCGACGUUGACAUCCAGUAUCUGGGCGAUAACGUGGAGGAGAAUAGUAUGACACAGAGUACCUUCCCUAAUUAUUUUAAUGGUUCGGAACUGGUAGUAGCUGGCAGGCUAGUUGACAAUGAUGUCUUACAAACACGUAUCACAGCCAACACGGCCGACACCCAACUUGAACUUGAUGCCGAAAUAGAUCCAACGGUAAUGCCUUCAGUUUUGGUGAACAAACAUAUCCCCGAAGACUUUAUCGAACGUCUCUGGGCAUACCUCACCAUCAAAGAGCUUCUCAAAAAGCGUGUCUUAACAGUGGAUCCAGAAGAAAACGCCUCGUUGUCCGCUAAAGCUCUCGACUUGUCGUUGAAAUACAACUUCGUGACGCCGUUGACUUCAAUGGUGGUAAUCAAACCAGAAGAACCGACGACAAAUGCAGCACGUGGUGAGGCCGAGGAAUCGGAAGAUAACACCGCGAAUUCAG